AGGUUUCUCAUAUUGCAUCACGGUCCACCAUCCACGUGACGUGAAGACAGUAGUAGAAAACCCGAAGAGAGACAACCGCCAGUUGUGAGAAUGAAUUAUCUAGACAAAAUCGGUGAGAAAAUUUUCGAUUGCGUAUUUGAAGUACUUCAACGUCAGUUGGGUUAUCUGAUUAACUACAGAAGUUACGUUGAUAAGCUCAAUACCCAAGUUAAGGAUCUGGGAAUGGCCAGAGAUGGAGUGCAACGUGAUGUUGACGACGCUUUAAAUAAUGUAAUGACACUUGGACCUGAUGUUGUGACAUGGCUGACCGAUUCUGAAGGGGUUAUUAAAAAGGCAUACAAAACCAUUGAAGAUAAUGGACAAGCAAAUAUGACGUGCUGCAAUGGGUGGUGUCCUAAUUUGAAAUCCCGUUAUCAAGUGGGCAGGAGAUCAUACAAGAUGGGAUUGGAAGUCGAGGAAAACAAGGAUAAGGGCAAGUUCGAUAGCGUUGGCUAUCGUGAGCCUCCACAAUUGUUAGGGACUGUGAAAUUAAAUAAAGGGUAUGAGGACUUUGAAUCAAGAAUGCCUACAAUAACUGGAGUUCUAGAGGCAUUAAAAGAUCCUAAUAUCAAUAGGAUUGGGGUUCACGGUAUGGGAGGUGCUGGGAAAACCAUGCUAGUCAAAGAAGUUGUAAAUCAAGCUCAGAAAGACAAUUUGUUCAACAAUUACGUUUUUGUAGUUGUAUCCAAAGAACCAGACCUGAUGGAUAUUCAAACUAAAAUAGCGAAGCAAUUAGGUCUAGAACUUGAUAAGGAGGAUGAGUUUGGAAGACCAGAUCUACUUCGCAAGCGAUUGCAACAAGGGAAAAUCCUUUUAGUUAUGGAUGACAUUUGGACGCCCCUAAAGUUGGAAGAUGUUGGAUAUACUUUUGAAGAUAAUCAGAACGGGUGCAAAUUAUUGUUAACGUCCAGAUUUUAUAAAGUACUAGUACGUAAUGAUACGGAUACCCAAAAGCAGUUCCCAGUUAAAAUUUUAUCAAAAAAAGAAGCGAGAAACUUGUUUGAGAAGAUAAUUGGCGAUUCAGCUAGAAUCCCUGAAAUUCAACAUACUAUGCUUCAAAUUGUUGAAGAAUGUUCUGGAUUACCAGUUGCCAUUACUACAGUCGCAAAUGCUUUGAAAAAUGAGGAAGAUAUAUCUGUUUGGAAGGAUGCACUUGACCGAUUCAAAAUUUCUAACCCAAAAAAGAUCGAUGGUAUGGAUGAAAAGGUGUACAGGAGUAUAAAGUGGAGUUACGAGUUUUUGAAAAGUAAUGAAGCAAAAUCAUUAUGGUUGCUUUGUAGUCUACAUGGAGAGGAUUACGACAUAAAAGUAGAAGACUUGAUAAGAUUCUGUGUGGGUUGGAACUUGUUUGGUAACCUUGGUAAAAUAGAACAAGUUAGAUGUAGGGUGCGCACAUUCGUUAAGGAACUCAAAGAUUGUAGCUUGUUGUUGGAUGGAGAUGCCAAUGGUACAGUGAAAAUGCAUGACAUAAUUCGUGAUGUUGCCAUUGAUAUUGCAGCUGAAGAAAGGCAUAUGUUUACUAUAAGAAGUUCUUUUGAGUUGCAAGAACUAUCAAAAUCGAAAAAUUCAACUGUAGUUUCGUUGCCUUACAUUAAUGAUGAUUUAGACCAUCCUAUUCAGUUUGAAUGUUCAAAGCUUGAGCUACUUUUGUUGUUCAGGCAAAAAUUUGGUUUCCGUCUUCCAGAUUCAUUUUUUGAAGGGUUAAAGGAUCUCAAAGUGUUGAAGUUAUCUAGAAGCUGGUCUGGAGUACUUCCUUCAUCACUUUCGUCCCUUGAAAACCUCCAAACAUUGUGUCUAGACGGUGAGGUACGGAAUGCAAUCAUAAUUGGAGAACUGAAGAAUUUGAAAGCUCUUAGCCUUUCAUUGUCCAAUACUGAACGGUUACCAAAAGAGAUAGGGCAGCUGACUCACCUUCAGUUACUAGAUUUGAGAGAAUGUUCCAAACUUAAAUUUCUUCCACCCAAUGUGUUAUCUAAUCUGAAGAGGUUAGAAGAAUUAUAUUUGCCAGAUGAUGUUGAAUGGGAGGUGGAAAUACAAAGCACAGAAAAAAUUAAUGCAAUGGUCUCAGAGUUGGACCAUUUGUCUCACUUGACCAAGUUACAUAUAUGUAUUAAGAAUGCAAAGAUUCUUCCAAAAGCCAUGAUUUUUGAAAGGUUGGAAAUCUAUAGAAUAGCCAUAGGCAGUGCUUGGUCCUGGGGUGAAACUUCGGAAACUUCAAGAAUUUUAAAGCUCAAAAUAAGCUUUCAAUCAGACUGUGGGUAUAAAGUAUUAUUGAGGAAAAGUGAAACUCUCAUUUUGGGUGAAAUGAAGGAUGUCAAAAAUAUUCUUUACGAAUUAGAUUUGGAAGGUUUUCGAGGUUUGAAGCAUUUCAGAGUCCAAGACAAUGACGAGAUUCAGUAUAUUAUCAAGUCUAUGGGGGUUCUUGAUUCUAUCUUUCCUAGUUUGGAGUCAAUUAACCUAUGGAAUGUGAACAAUUUGGAACGGAUAUGCUACACGCGACUUCCCAAGCAGUCCUUUUGUAACUUGAGAGUGGUAAAAGUGAGCCAGUGUUGUAAGUUGGAAUUUCUCUUCUCCUCAUCUAUGGUUGGAUGCUUUACACAGCUCAAGGAAAUGAAUAUAGGAGAUUGCAAGAUAAUGAGUGCAAUAGUUGCAAUAGAAAGAGAAGAAGAAAUUGAGGUCAAUAGUGACGACAGCAUUAUGUUUGCAAAUCUACAUUCUCUGAAAUUAAGGAAUUUAUUCAAGUUAAAGGGCUUCUUUUCUGUUGUUGAUUCUCUUGUACUUUUCAACGGGAAGGUCGUCUUUCCUAACUUGGAGAAAAUGAAUAUAUAUGGCAUGGAUAGCAUGAAGAUGAUUUGGCCCAACCAACGCAUUUCAGAUUUUUUUGGCAAACUAGAAACAAUGACUGUUUCAUGUUGUACAAAUCUUACAAAUAUUGUUCCGCCCAAUAUGUUGAGAAUGCUCCAAAAUCUAAAGGAAUUGAAGAUAUCUCGUUGUGGCUCCAUAGAAGAGGUGUUUGAAAUCCAAGGGACAAAUAAUGUUGAUGAAACAUGUGAUAUAGCAGUCACUGAACUUAGAUCUUUAGAAUUAAGGAAUCUGGAAAAAAUGAAGCACGUUUGGAGUAUGGAUCCUCAAGGAAUAAUUAUCUUUGGGAAAUUACGUACUGUCAGAAUAUUUGGUUGUUCUAGUCUCAAAAGUGUUUUUCCAAUAUCUGUGGCGAAGGCUCUUAUGCAGCUUCAGGAGCUAUCGAUAGAGGAUUGUGCUGUGGAAGAAAUUGUAGCAAAAGAAGAAGUAAUAGAAACGACCACUGUUCUCUUUGUAUUACCACAAUUAUCCACUCUAACACUUCAAAAUUUGCUCGAACUCAAGAGUUUUUAUCCAGGAAAGCAUGUUAUAGAGUUGCCGUCAUUAAAACACUUGAACAUUCGUCAAUGUGACAAACUGAAGAUUUUUGGUUCCAGUGAGCUAAGCGUCCCCGAAACAGAGGUUCGAUUUCCUAACCUGAGGAGAAUGAGCAUCCACGGAAAGGAUCACUUGAAGAUGAUUUGGCCUAAAGAACUUGUUGCAAAUUCUUUUAGCAAAUUAAAAACAUUGAUUGUUGAACGGUGUGAGGACUCCAUUAUCUUUCCCCCGCAUAUGCUCAGAGGACUCCAAAAUCUAGAAGAGUUGCAGAUAUUUAAUUGUGAUUCCACGAAAGGAGUAUAUGUAUCCCAAGGGGUAAAUGUUGAAGAAAUUUCUUUUCAAUUGAGAUAUUUGUGUUUAUACAAUCUUCGAGGACUGCUGCACGUAUGGAGAUUAGAUCCGGAAGAAAUAUUUACAUUCAAAAAUCUACAUGAAGUUAGAGUUUCUAAUUGUGAAAGUUUGAUAAGUCUUUUCCCAGUCUCCGUGGCCAAACACCUUUCACAACUCGGCUUGCUAGAAAUAUGCGAUUGUGGGUUGGAGGAAGUUGUUGGGAUGGAAAAAGAAUUAAAGACAAUGGCAACGUUUAUAUUCCCACAAUUGAGAUCUCUAAUACUUAAACGACUACCACAGCUCAAGAGCUUCUAUGGAGGGGAAUACAAAUCUCAGUGGCCGUUGCUGAAAGAUUUGAAUAUAAGUAAUUGUGACAGGUUGAAGAGUAUUGGCUCGGAUGCGCCGUGGAAUCAAAAUAAAAAACACCUCUUUCCCGUCUUUUUCCUUGAAAAGGAUACAUUUCCUACUUUGGAACAAUUGAAAUUGGAUUGGAAGGAGACCAUGAAUCAGACAAAAUGUCGAUUUCCAGCACAGUUCUUUUCCAAACUAAAAGUUAUCAAGUUAAGUGGUGCUCCUUUUGAAGAACUAUGUGGACUUACCAGUGAAGAAGAACAUGCGGGGACACUAGAAGAACAACAUGCAGGAACACUCGAACGUUUGACAGUGUUAAAACUGUCUAACAUGCCCAACCUUAAGCACUUGGGGAAGGAAAACUCCCAACUACGCAUGGCUCUUCAGAAACUAGAAUGUGACCGAUUAGUGAACUUGGUGCCGUCCUCAAUGUCUUUCCCAAAUUUACAAAAAUUGGUAGUAUCAAGAUGUCAUGGUUUGCAUUGUUUAGUGACUUCGUGGACAGCCAAAAGUCUUGUGCGACUCACCAAAAUGGUUAUAUAUGAAUGCAAAAUAAUGAAAGAAAUAGUUGCAAAAGAAGGCGGUGAAGCAGGAGGUGAUAUCAUUUUCAAGGACUUGAAAUCUUUGGUACUUCUCUCUUUACAGAGUCUCGAAAGCUUCCAUUCGGGGAAUUGCACCAUUAAAUUCCCAUCUUUGAAAGAAUUAAUUACUAUUGAAUGCCCAGAAUUUUCGACUUCUAGCAUACCAAAUUGGAAAGAGCUUAAGCAAGCAGAAAAAGAUGAACCCGCGUUGGGCAACCAUAUUGCCCAAACAAAAGAAUUAUGGGACGGCGAUCUUAUUAGCACCAUCAAUCGGUUUUGGGAAGAUAACUUUGAUAUGCACAAGCAGCAAAAAUUCGCUGAAAAGGUCCCUUUCAUACCUUCUGUAUCGGAGGAAAAAGUGUACAUCCCCGAAGCCAUGGAAGAUAAUGAUUUUGAUGACGUGGAGGAUUUAGUAAGCCAAGACAACACUUCAUUUCCCGAGGAUUUCUCAGAUCGGAUACCAUCCUCAGUUAAUGAGAUGUCUGCUGCACAUGGAACCUCACUGGAAAAAACAAUUCCCCUGGCUUCUCUUCCUCUGGCAGGUAAUUUGGUAGCAGAAAAGACUAGCAUGGAGGACAAUAUUAGUUCCUGUCAGCUUGAUACUUCUGAAUUGCCCAAAAUUAUUGUUGAAGAAGAUACUCAUGAGGAUGGGCCAGAUAUGAAAGAAAAUGUAAAUGUGUGCCCGGCUGCUGAUCAACCUGUCAUUACAAGCAACAUUCAGCAGGGUGCAUCUACGUCUCUUCUUGGGCUUGGUGCUCCAACAGUUAUUCAAGAGAGACUUGACGCCUUUUUGGCUAGAUUUGAUGAAGAUGGGACUAAUGAACAUACAGCUUCCCAUUUCUGGAUCUUCUCUGGGGCGAAUGCUGAUUGGCUUCGAUUUUCUGUUCCUUCUGAUAGCAUACCAUUGCUUGAACGACUUUUAGCAAAGUACGAAGACUUCAUAACGAGAUUCAAGCUUGGGGCUGGCAUUGGAAAUUUUCUAUUGAGACUUUUGGCUGCCAUUGUGAUGGAAAUGCAUAAUACUCAUCUAGACUCGCUGAGUGAGAGGAAAUUGUUUGAGUGGAAGAACGCGGUGAAAGAGUUGACACAUGCUGGUCUUCCUGUUGAGUUUCUUUUGACAUAUCUGCGAUACAUUGGAAAGAUUUGGUUUACCCGUGAGUUGAAGGCUCAAUUAGCAUCUUUUGACGAAAGAAUUGCUAAAGUAGGGGCAAAACUUUCAGCAUUGAAGUCUGAAACGGAGCAAUUGUGGGCCACUGUUCCUGAAACCAUAAUGCAUAAUGAGCUUGUGACUCAUGAACUGUUCUGAGCUUUUCUUGCUGUCUUUGCCUUGCUGGGAUUAGGAUCGUGGAUAUCCUGGCCUUGCUGUUUAGUCAUUUACUGCGUUGCUAGUCUAUUUUUGUAAAAUGUUUACUUUGUGCAUUUCGAUUUCAUUGAAGGAAAGUUGGUUCUUAA